ACCGACAAGCGAGCGAAACAUUUCUUUAACGUCGCUAACAUGAAAAAAACACAAAUUUAUGUUUACAGAUAAAAAACAAUUUUUACCCUGUGACUAACAAAACGACGUUCGCGAAAGCUGAACUAAAACUUAACUUGAAACUCGGGAGUUCCCUGAGCGUGCAUUAUCGACCUCUUAGCAACCAUGCUCGCUAAGCGGGCGACGACGGCAAAAGAGACCCGGGGGAAAGUUCCCAACAAGCCGGGAAAGGACCACCGGUCCAACAACGUGUUGGCCGAGAGGAACCAGGCGGUGGUGGCCGUGGGAGCCUGGGUGGAGGACGGCCAAGAAUUCGAGGAGCAUCCGUGUGACGUGGCUUCUUUCACUGAUGAGCUUCAAGCAGAGAAGCGAAGGGAGAAUGAAGAGAGCCUGCGAAGAUUCCAAGCGCAAGUGCGUCAUCGUGUGGCUGUCAUCAGCAAGAGGAGGCUUCAGGAAGCGCAUUCAGUGCUGAAUGUUGACGGAAGAAUCCCAAAACAGCAUCAAAGUGUGCCAGAAAAGACAAACAUCAAUGAGGUCCGUGACAGCACCAGGCAAGUCCGACUCAAACUGGCGGGGUGCCAGACCAGCCUGUCCGUCGACGAGACGUCAGAGCCUUCUGCAGACAACUGGAAGAUAUCGCUCACCAGACAUAUGACUGAAUGUGACGUCCUGAGGGAGGAGGAGGAGGAGGAAGAAGAGGAGGAAGAGGAAGAUGAACACAGAUGCCACCUGACAAGUGCUCGUGGGUGGGGAGUAGACAUUUCCAGGUCUGAGCUGAGAAUCCCGAAGGUCCUCUGGCCUAUACAGGACAAGGAGGAGUUGAAAAGACAGCGCCAGUUGCAGUUCCUGAUGCACCGCCGCCACUUCAUGAGCGUGGAGCGGCAGCGCGUGAAAGAAAACAACCAGCACAGGAAGCACCUGAAGAAGACGGCGAGGAUCAAAGCGGACAAGGAAAAGGCUCGCCUGGAGGAGGAGCGGCAGCUGGAGCGAGCACGGCAGCUCACGCACGUCCGGCAGCGACUGGAGGAGCGGGAGAUGCUCGUCCUGGAGCGCCUCAAGCUGGAGGGGGAGGAGAAAGCGGCCGAGCUGGAGAGGAGGAGACGUGAAACCGAAAAAGGGAUUGUGGCGACCAGGUACAUCGACGCUCUGAGAUCCCAGGUGAGGGAUCGAAUGGCCAACAAGAAGUUGGACCUCCCACCGAUGUGCUGCUGUGCUUCGUCCUUCUGGGAGUCGCACCCCGACACUUGCGCCAACAACUGUGUCUUCCACAACAAUCCGAAAGAGUACGCGCAGGCACUACAUGCAGCCGUGCUAAGUUUGGAUUUAAAGUAAAGGAUGUUGAGGAGAUGCUGACCAACAAUCAAAUGAACAUCAAAUACAUCUAAACCAGGGGUGGGAAAACUUUGGGGCUCAAUGGCCACGUGGGAAUUUGGUACAGGUCACUCGAAGAUUCAAUUUUUCUUUUAAGUGUUUAUAAAAUACGUUAAAAAAAUCAUUUUAAUAAUGAUAAUUCAGUUUCAUUUUAAAAAUUAAUUAUAGUUAAUUCAGUCAAAUUAACUAAUUUGAUUAAUAAUGUAAAUACAAAUGUUCAAUGCAUUUAUGACAUUUUAUUUUCUCAUUUUUAUUGUCAAUUUGGAAACAUACAUCCAUCCAUCCAUUUUCUGAGCCGCUUCUCCUCACUAGGGUCGCGGGCGUGCUGCAGCCUAUCCCAGCUGUCAUCGGGCAGGAGGCGGGGUACACCCUGAACUGGUUGCCAGCCAAUCGCAGAGCACAUAGAAACAGACAACCAUUCGCACUCACAUGCACACCUACGGGCAAUUUAGAGUCUCCAAUUUAUGCAUGUUUUUUUUGGGAUGUGGGAGGAAACCGGAGUGCCCGGAGAAAACCCACGCAGGUACGGGGAGAACAUGCAAACUCCACACAGUCGGGGCCGGGGAAUGAACCCGGGUCCUCAGAACUGUGAGGCUGACGCUCUAACCAGUCGCCCACCGUGCCGCCAAUUUGGAAACGUAAUUAAAAAAAAAUAUAUUUCAUAUUUAUUGAAAAAAUAGCUAAAUGCAACAAUGAAGUGAUUUUAAUCAUAAAAUAGUACAGUAAUUCACAUUUUGAAUUGUACUUACAAUUUAUAGUUCUACUGUAAUACAAUAAAAAAUAUUUAUGUAAAAUUUUACUGUUGUAUUUUAUUUCAUCAUCAAUUACAAUAUGAGAUGGGGAAAAAAUCAUCAAUCACUUUUAAGUAACCAAUUUUAGGGGGGGAACAGCAAGAAUAUGCAAUAAUGCAACAAAUAUUACUAGAUUCCUGAUGACUUGGGAGUGACUAAUGUGAAGUACCAAUUUAAUAACACACUUUUCAAAUUAGAAAUUUUCUCAAAUUACCUUACAUUAUGUUAUUAAUAAUAGAUGAUAUUCAUCUAUCUCAAAACACAGAUCAUGCUAUCGAUUUCUCACAAUAAGUAGAAAACAAAUAUCAAUAUGCAACACGGAUUUUUUUUAUUUUUUAAAUGAUGACAUUUCUACAGCAUUCCAAGAAAAUCACAAUGUCCCAUCACUGCUAAGCUAUUAUCAGAAGUGGUCCCUGGGCCAUGUUUUUCCCACCCUUGAUCGAAAUAACUUAUGUGAAGGUGACCAUGGGCUUUUAACCCGCAUUUUUGUGUAAUGGUCAAUAGGGGGCGACACCAGGAUAAGAAGUCUGACCAGUGACAUUCACUUGAAGUAUAAAAUUGAUCAACAGUACAAUACAAUACUUGAAUAAUGUACAGAGGAGAAGUUACCUGUGUAAUCGUUUUAAUGUGUUUUAAACAGUGGCUUGCAUUUUGUGAUUGUUUUUUUUUUCAUG